CAGCGCCCCUGGGGCAAGUGGGCGGCCGAGAUACGGGACCCAUCCCGAUCCACCCGCCGCUGGCUGGGCACAUAUGACACACCCGCUGAGGCUGCCCGUGCCUACGAUGCCGCCGCUGUGGCCAUCCGGGGUCACAACUCCCGCACCAACUUC